CCUGCCUCCUCCGUUGUUGUGGUUGGAGCGCUGGGAGGGGUCAUUAUUUCGCAGGGAGACAUAGGAGGAGGAGGCAUUUCCGAGACACCGACAGAAGCGUGUAGCCUCAGAUUCAGCACCACAGGGCUGAGGAAAGCGUCAGGAUUGAUUCGAUUUUCACUGUUCCCCGUGGGUCUACUGAACACGAGGACACCAUUUUUGGGAAUACUUGGAGAAACCAGUCGUUAUUCACAGUUUGUGGACCUGCAAGAGUUGUCAUCUCAAACGGUUAAAGAGACCAUGACGACCGCUACGUCCCCCAUCCUGUUGAAAUGGGACCCCAAGAGUCUGGAAAUCCGCACCCUGACUGUGGAGAGGCUCCUGGAGCCGCUGGUCACACAGGUUACAACCCUGGUGAACACCAGCAACAAAGGGCCUUCCAGUAAGAAGAAAGGGCGCUCCAAGAAGGCUCAUGUCCUGGCAGUGUCGGUGGAGCAGGCCACCCAGAACUUUCUGGAAAAGGGGGAGCAGAUUGCCAAAGACAGCCAGGACCUGAAGGAAGAGCUCAUUGCUGCUGUGGAAGAUGUUCGGAAGCAAGGAGAGACGAUGCGUAUUGCUUCGUCAGAGUUUGCCGAUGACCCAUGUUCCUCUGUGAAGCGUGGCACCAUGGUGAGGGCUGCCCGUGCCCUGCUCUCUGCUGUCACCCGCCUGCUCAUCCUUGCUGACAUGGCUGAUGUCAUGAGACUGCUGGCUCACCUUAAAAUUGUGGAGGAGGCCCUGGAAGGAGUAAAGAAUGCAACCAAUGAGCAGGACCUGGCCAACCGCUUCAAGGAAUUUGGAAAGGAGAUGGUGAAGCUUAACUAUGUGGCAGCCAGGAGACAGCAGGAGCUCAAGGACCCACAGUGUCGAGAUGAGAUGGCAGCAGCACGUGGGGCCCUGAAGAAGAAUGCCACCAUGCUGUAUACAGCCUCCCAGGCUUUCCUGCGCCACCCUGAUGUGGCAGCCACACGUGCCAACCGGGACUACGUGUUCAAGCAGGUUCAGGAGGCCAUAGGAGGCAUUUCCAGCGCUGCUCAAGCCACCUCGCCCACUGAUGAGAAACACGGCCAUGCUGGCAUUGGAGAACUGGCUGCUGCUCUCAAUGAAUUUGAUAACAAGAUCAUCCUGGAUCCUCUGACAUUCAGCGAGGCUCGUUUCCGGCCCUCUCUGGAGGAACGCUUGGAGAGCAUAAUCAGUGGAGCUGCACUGAUGGCCGACUCCUCAUGCACACGAGACGACCGCCGUGAACGCAUUGUGGCUGAGUGCAACGCUGUCCGACAGGCCCUUCAAGACUUGUUGAGCGAGUACAUGAACAAUACUGGCAGGAAAGAGAAAGGUGACCCAUUGAACUCAGCCAUUGACAAGAUGACCAAAAAGACCAGGGACCUGCGCCGACAGUUGAGGAAGGCAGUGAUGGACCACAUCUCUGACUCCUUCCUGGAGACCAAUGUCCCUCUGCUGGUGCUCAUUGAAGCGGCUAAGAGUGGAAACGAGAAGGAAGUGAAGGAGUACGCCCAGGUGUUCCGCGAACAUGCUAACAAGCUGGUGGAGGUGGCUAACCUUGCAUGCUCCAUCUCCAACAAUGAAGAGGGUGUGAAGUUGGUUCGAAUGGCAGCGACCCAAAUUGACAGCUUAUGUCCACAGGUGAUCAACGCCGCUCUCACUUUGGCGGCUCGUCCCCAAAGCAAAGUGGCACAGGACAACAUGGACGUUUUCAAGGAUCAAUGGGAAAAGCAGGUGCGCAUCCUGACUGAGGCUGUGGAUGACAUCACCUCUGUGGAUGACUUCCUUUCUGUGUCAGAGAACCACAUCCUUGAAGAUGUCAACAAAUGCGUAAUUGCUCUGCAAGAGGGAGAUGUGGACACUCUUGACCGAACUGCUGGAGCCAUCCGUGGCCGAGCCGCCCGUGUGGUCCACAUCAUUAAUGCUGAGAUGGAAAACUACGAACCUGGGGUCUACACUGAGCGCGUGUUGGAGUCCAUCAAGCUGCUGUCUGAGACUGUCAUGCCCCGUUUUGCUGAGCAAGUGGAGGUUGCCAUCGAGGCACUGAGUACAAACCCCCCACAGGCCUUUGAGGAGAAUGAGUUCAUCGAUGCUUCCCGUUUGGUCUACGAUGGAGUCCGUGACAUCCGAAAAGCUGUCCUCAUGAUAAGGACACCAGAGGAGCUGGAGGAUGACUCUGACUUUGAGCAGGAGGACUAUGACACUCGCAGCAGGACCAGUAUCCAGACUGAGGAUGAUCAGCUCAUUGCUGGACAAAGUGCCAGAGCCAUCAUGGCACAGCUUCCCCAAGAGGAAAAGGCCAAGAUUGCUGAGCAGGUGGAGAGCUUCAGACAGGAGAAGUGCAAGUUAGAUGCAGAAGUGGCAAAGUGGGAUGACAACGGCAAUGACAUCAUUGUUUUGGCCAAGCAGAUGUGCAUGAUCAUGAUGGAGAUGACAGACUUCACCAGAGGCAAAGGCCCCUUGAAGAACUCCUCAGAUGUCAUCAACGCGGCUAAGAAGAUUGCAGAGGCCGGCUCGAGGAUGGACAAAUUGGCCCGUGCCGUCGCAGAUCAGUGCCCUGAUUCAGCCUGUAAGCAGGAUCUGCUGGCCUACCUGCAGAGAAUUGCCCUGUACUGUCAUCAGCUCAACAUCUGCAGCAAGGUGAAAGCUGAGGUUCAGAAUCUGGGCGGAGAGCUCAUCGUGUCCGGGCUGGAUAGUGCUACUUCUCUGAUCCAAGCAGCCAAGAACCUAAUGAACGCAGUGGUGCUGACUGUAAAGGCAUCUUAUGUAGCCUCCACCAAGUACCAGAAGGUGUACGGAACAGCGGCUGUCAACUCGCCGGUGGUGUCUUGGCGCAUGAAAGCCCCUGAGAAGAAGCCGCUGGUAAAAAGGGAGAAACCAGAGGAGUGCCAGACACGUGUGAGACGAGGCUCCCAGAAAAAACACAUCUCCCCUGUCCAGGCCCUCAGCGAAUUCAAGGCCAUGGACUCCUUCUAAGAGAGAGAGCGAAAAAAUAAGUCAUGCUUACACGAGAAAAAACGAGAAAAACAUGACAGUGAAAAGUUGAAGAAAAAGUCCCUUUCUACAUUGUGUUAACCCACCUCUGUUUGCCCUGUGUGUGCUCGGUGACAGCUCAGGAGGACUACAGUACAUAUUAAACUGCCACACUAAGGCUCCUGUGAACACUGUGGGCCUCGUGGCUCACAGGCAGCCAGUGCACACACACCCAACACUAUUUAUAGAUUAUUGUAGCUUAAUAUGUGAAAGCCAAAUGUGACACAAACACAAGUACUUUUGAAAACAUGGGAGUAAAAAAAGAAGCAUAUCUGAAGAGGAAGAAUGGCAUUUCAAACAUUUGUGGCAGUUGAUAUCCUGCUUGUAUACACAUUUAAAUUGUCUGAAUGGAAAUUAUGAAUGGAUUGGUAGAGAAGUUAUUCCAAAGGGAAUAUAUCCAUGUUCGUAUGUUCCCUCUUGAUAUUUUUUUCCAAUUUGAAUGUAACCUGUAGUAUUAGGAAUAACUUAUGUUAAUUAAAGAUACCUGGAAAUGUCAGCAUCCAAGUAGUUUCCUUGUUCCUGAUGAUUAUAAUCAUAAUCCAUAUGGUGUUUUUUUCCAAAGCACACUUAUGGUCUAUUGUAUUGCCUUUUUAAAUUCUGUUUAUUUAAUGAUUACAUCACUAACUAUGAUGACCUUGAUUGGAAGUUGUGUAGUGUAUAAAUAUAGACAGAGAGGUUUGACUAGUUGUGGUUUGCUCAGAGAAUAGAAAUCCCUGCAUACAGUACCUUUAUAUUCACCCUUCUCUAAUAAAUCCCUCA